ACUUAAUUAUUAACAUUCGUUUGUAGUUUAACUUGAUUUUAUUUUUUACUGAAGUUUUGUUUUGCAGGUUUAGAUUUCAGUAAAAAUGUUUUGAAAUGGAAAGACAAAAAUAUGAAAAUAUUUACAAAAAUAACUUCAUUCAACGAAGAGAAUUACAACCACUGGCUGCUGAUGAAGAGAAGAUUAAAGACAGUGAGGAAUAUAAACAAGUUUUGCACGCAGCUGAAUCUUUCCUAACAAGUGGAGGAGAGGUUGACGAUAGUUAUCAUGUGUCAAGGAAUUUUGAUCAAUAUGUUUUACAAAACAAGCAUGAUGGUAUCACUAAUAUUUGGGGGGAAUUUGCGUCGGUGUUUCUUAUUCUAAGUUGGUAUUCAUGGCGAAUAUUAAACGCACCUUGGCGGAAAUCUUACUUCAAAGUUAAGAAAUACUCCGGUCACUACCAAUACGUGAUGCACGACAACUUUUCCCCUAAAGUUGCAGAAGGUUUAAUGAUGAGGCUUGGAUAUAUUUAUCACAAACCACAGGAAGCUUUCUUGUUUCAACCACAAAGUUUAACAACAUCCGGAUGUUGGAAAGCAAACCUAACCAGGGUGGGGAUGGAUUUCUUCCUUGUUCAUGCUCGGUGCUCGCUAAGCUCGACUCAUACCGGCCGCUCGAUGGCAGUACAGGACACUUUCAAUCGAUUUCCGGGUUUAAAGUUUACCAGCGAGCCACUAGGUGGUAGAAAGAGUCGCAAGUCGGAUAAUUACGUCACAGCACUCCCCAUGAGCCAAUCAGCAACCAUGCCUCGUUCAAACCAACCAAUGGAGCGACAGCGUUUGAAUAAGUCAUCACGUAUUGAAUCGAAUCCGAUACCGUGGGAACAUAGAAGGAAACCAAAGAUAGUUCAUCAAAUAUCGGAGGAAUCCGAUGAUAUAUACGAGGGUAUCGACAUCACUGAAGUGAGGUAUCCACCCAUGGAUUCCAUGCACGAUGUUUCUCUGCUCGGAAGGAACAUGGGGUCCAUGUCGAUUAAAAAACAACGACCCACAAUGCAAUUGGUCAGCGGGGGGAGCCAUAACAAUGAGAUUCCCCGUAACUAUGUUCAAUUCAUCCCACGCCCCCCUGUGGAGGGAAAAUCAAACAACGAACAUAUUUAUCAAGACAUUAACGACGACAAGAAUUUAUAUUUCAAAUAAAUUUAUUUAGAAUAAUUUUGUGUUUCUUUGUUUAAUUAUGAAACGUUCAAAAAUAAAUCGAGCAAUUUUUCCCAUG